GCGCCCCUCGGGCCGCCGCCGCUCCUGCCCGGGUCCCUGCUGCUGCUGUUGUCGCCUGCGCCUGCUGCCCCAACUCGGCGCCCGACUUCUUCAUGGUGUGCGGAGGUCAUGUUCGCUCCUUAGCCGGCAAACGACUUUUCUCCUCGCCUCCUCGCCCCGCAUGUUCAGGACCAAACGAUCUGCGCUCGUCCGGCGUCUCUGGAGGAGCCGUGCGCCCGGCGGCGAGGACGAGGAGGAGGGCGCGGGCGGAGGCGGAGGAGGCGGCGAGCUGCGGGGAGAGGGGGCUACGGACGGCCGGGCACAUGGGGCCGGUGGCGGCGGCGCAAGCAGGGCUGGCUGCUGCCUGGGCAAGGCGGUCCGAGGUGCCAAAGGUCACCAUCCCCACCCCCCAGCCGGGGGCACCGGUGCGGCCGGGGGCGCCGAGGCGGAUCUGAAGGCGCUCACACACUCGGUGCUUAAGAAACUGAAGGAACGGCAGCUGGAGCUGCUGCUCCAGGCCGUGGAGUCCCGCGGCGGUACGCGCACCGCGUGCCUCUUGCUGCCGGGCCGCCUGGACUGCAGGCUGGGCCUGGGGGCGCCCGCUGGCUCGCAGCCCGCCCAGCCGCCCUCGUCCUACUCGCUCCCCCUCCUGCUGUGCAAAGUGUUCAGGUGGCCGGAUCUCAGGCAUUCCUCGGAAGUCAAGAGGCUGUGUUGCUGUGAAUCUUACGGGAAGAUCAACCCCGAGCUGGUGUGCUGCAACCCCCAUCACCUUAGCCGACUCUGCGAACUAGAGUCUCCCCCUCCUCCUUACUCCAGAUACCCGAUGGAUUUUCUCAAACCAACUGCAGACUGUCCAGAUGCUGUGCCUUCCUCCGCUGAAACAGGGGGAACGAAUUAUCUGGCCCCCGGGGGGCUUUCAGAUUCCCAACUUCUUCUGGAGCCUGGGGAUCGGUCACACUGGUGCGUGGUGGCAUACUGGGAGGAGAAGACGCGAGUCGGGAGGCUCUACUGUGUCCAGGAGCCCUCCCUGGACAUCUUCUAUGAUCUACCUCAGGGGAAUGGCUUUUGCCUCGGACAGCUCAAUUCGGACAACAAGAGUCAGCUGGUGCAGAAAGUGCGGAGCAAAAUCGGCUGUGGCAUCCAGCUCACGCGGGAAGUGGAUGGCGUGUGGGUGUACAACCGCAGCAGUUACCCCAUCUUCAUCAAGUCAGCCACACUGGACAACCCGGACUCCAGGACGCUGUUGGUACACAAAGUGUUCCCCGGUUUCUCCAUCAAGGCUUUUGACUAUGAGAAAGCGUACAGCCUGCAGCGGCCCAACGACCACGAGUUCAUGCAGCAGCCGUGGACUGGCUUCACUGUGCAGAUCAGCUUCGUGAAGGGCUGGGGGCAGUGCUACACCCGCCAGUUUAUCAGCAGCUGCCCGUGCUGGCUGGAGGUCAUCUUCAACAGCCGGUAGCCGCGUGGGGAGAGGACAGAGCGUAGCCGAGCGGGCCCAGUCCAAACUACUUUGCUGCUAAUAUUUUCCUCCUGAGUGCUUGCUUUUCAUGCAAAACUCUUUGGUCAUUGUUCCUUUAUUUUUUUUCUUUUCUUCUUCUUGUCAUUUCUUGUUUAUGUUCUGUUUUGUGUUUUUGUUUUUGUUUUUUUGAGAAAUAGCUUAUGAAAAGAAUCGUUGGGGUCUUUUUUUGUGGGGUGUCGUAUUGUUGGAAGGACACCCCCCAUAUGAAAAAGGGGAAACAAAGAUCAGUCCCACCAAACAGUGUAUGAAUGGGGAGCAGGCCCUGACUUUGGGGCCAUCGGUUCACUUGUCAGGGUGGAUGUGUGAGCGAGUGUGUGUGUGUGUGUGUCUGUGAGUGUGUGUACAUGUACACGGGUGGGUGACCGGCAUGCCCGGCGUGCUUCUUACUGACCUCUCCGGCUGGGAGGUGUGUGCUCCCCAGCUGUGCCUCUCUUGCCCUUUGGAAAUGCUCAGUGGGGCAGAGGCAGAACUGGGCAGGCCUGCAAACCCACCCGUGUCCUGGCAGCCGCUGGAGCAAGGCUCUGCCCCCAGCCUGGGGAAAGCCCCUGCCCUGCCUCUUCCCUUUUAGGACCCAGGCCUAUCCCUAGGCUUCUUAGAAACAACCCUGCAAGAGGCUGAACCAGAACCAGUUGUUUUCAAGCUUGUUGACGUCCCCCCAUUCACCCCCCUGCCAUUGUCGUGUCUUUCUUUUUUUGGCCAUCUGCUCCUGGAUGUCCCUGAGAUGGGCUUCCUGAGGGCUGCCGGGGCAGCCCCGCCGCAGUAUUGUUCACCCAGCGCCCUCUCAGGCCCCUCCGCCUCUCCCCUGCCCUGGUUACAUCAGGUUUUACCCGGACUCAGAAAACCAGCUCCGCACUUUCCUCCCCUCUGUAGCCUGUGUGUUGAGCUCUGCUGUUAGACCAGCGAGGGGAGCAGCCCCCCUUCCCUUCCCACCAAGAAGGAUUCGGUCCAUCAUAACCCAAGGUACCACCCUGGGCUGACACCUACUCUUCUUUCGUUUCUUCUACAACUCAUACACUCGUAUGAUAUGUUGACACUGCUCUUAGCUCAAUGAGCAUGUUUAGACUUUAACAUAAGCUAUUUUUCUAACUACAAAGGUUUAAAUGAACAAGAGAAGCAUUCUCAUUGGAAAUUUAGCAUUGUAGUGCUUUUGAGAGAGAAAGGACUCCUGAAAAAAAAAAAACCCUGAGAUUUAUUAAAGAAAAAAUGUAUUUUAUGUUAUAUAUAAAUAUAUUAUUACUUGUAAAUAUAAAGACGUUUUAUAAGCAUCAUUAUUUAUGUAUUGUGCAAUGUGUAUAAACAAGAAAAAUA